AUGCCAAACUUUCGGCGGAAAUUCUGCCAUCAAUGUAGGUCAUCGAAGCUGGCGUGCGACCGGAAGCAACCCAAGUGCUCUCGAUGUGAACGUCGUGGGUCGCAAUGCCGCUAUUCUACUGUGUCAAAUACUCCACGGUUCAUAUCUAACGAGAGCCGAACCCCUCAAGAGACACCACUGCAUAGGCCUAGGUGUCUUCCGGAGAGAGUGGUACAAGAUAUUUCAACGGGUGUUCCAAUUAGCACAUCUAGAAACGCGAGCGAAGCUAGGCCCCCACAGGUAGCUCACUUGUUUCCGGCCGCCAGUGCCAGCGGGAAUUCUGAGGAUUUCGAAUGGCCUACUGAGUCUCGUCAUGAUAAUGAUGGAGCAUUUUGGCCCGGUGACAAUUUCCUUGGCCCACCAUCUAUAUCUUCAUCAAACACACGAUUCACCAUGGAUUCGGACGUCGUUGCCGAUAUCAUUGCGGAUAUAAAUACAGAGAUAUCAAAGCGAGCGAACUUUGAAUACUCCCAAGUAGUAGACCACUCCCUAUUACUCCGCCCGCGGCGGUUCAAAACUAUGGAAGCAUCAUUGGUCUCCAAGAUGAUGCUGGGAACCAUCUGUGGCUACCCCGACAUGCUAGUCGACGGCCUUAGUUUGCCUCCGUUUAUGUAUCCACCCUGCCGCGGUGACGAGUUACGGUGCCAGCAGUCUGGAUUCCAUCAAUGCCCCCCUCAAUGUUUGGCAGCAUGCGCCAGUAUCGUUCGGAUGUUUAAAGCGACAGAUUAUGAAAACAAAGCUUUCGUUUGGCGUACCAUGUACAUGGAGCAACAAAAGCUCUUCCACGAGCACGAAUCAUACGAAAAGGAGACUCUGCUCUCUGCUGUUCAAGCCGUUACCCUAUACACCAUCUUACACAUCUCUGACGCCGCAUCUGUUCCGAAGUAUAAUUUGAGGUCGCUUGUCGUCACCUUGGGCACAAUGGCAUACUCAAUGUUGCGAUUUGUUAACUCAUCACAUUCUGAUAAGACCGACAGUAUCCCUGACAGAAAUGAAUGGAUCCUGAGGGAGAGCAUGUCGAGGGUAGUGGCGUUUUUAUACACAAUAAAUGAGCUCCUCAGCUUAGUGGGCUCGCCCUCCUCAGGCAAUGGUGGUGGCGCGUGUAAGACCGUAGGCCUUCCAAGCACCCGCAGCCUAUGGGCGGCCAAAACAAAUGUCGAAUGGCAGCGGAAUUAUACAAAGCAGGCCUAUCAGCGACUUUUCAAAGAGGGUCUGAAGAUUGUACAUCUUCGUGAGUAUACCAAACUUUCGGGGGAUUCUUCCCCAAAGAGAGGUUGGAUGUCAGAUUUCGAAACUUGGUGUUCGGACCAUGACGAUUUCGGCACUUUGAUAUGGAUGGCAACACGACUAGAUCCACUUUGA